CGUCACCGUACUGGUCCUGUCUGUAGAAAUGGAUAUUUUAAGGGACGAUGAGGUUCACGAUCUGAAAUACAAGCGGUCGGGCCGUUUGGAUAUGAGCCACGGCUUCCUGCACCAUAUCCGGAGGAACCAGAUUGCUAGAGAUGACUAUGAUAAGGAGGUGAAGCAAGCCAAAGAGCUUCAGCGGCGGAGGCACACCACAACCCCUAGGCGACCCCGUCGACCUGAUAUCCAGGUGUACCAUCCUCGACGCAGACAUGGAUCCGAGCCAGGAGCCGGUGCAGAGGCUGAGGAGUGGAACGAGAGCGGGUCAAGCACGGAGACAGAGACCCAUGGGACUGAGCUCUUCUGGCUGGACUAUCAGGCGGACUCUGGCACCAUUACCUCAUUCCUUGUGCACAAGGAGGAUAAGCCUGAGAAGGUGGUGGAACGUGUUGCGGAGAAGAACAUCCUAGAUUCAGCCAUGAGGGCAGCGCUAGUCGCUCGAAUUCGAAAAGAAAUGGACAAACGACGAGACAAACGCUGAGUGAUAUUCUCGAACUGUAGACCGAGAUUACAGAGGGAAUACAGGCAAAGUUGAGCAAUACUUCAUUUGCAGUCCAGUGCUCCUCCAAAGCAUCAGCACUGUUGACAGUGUUGUGGACACAGUGCCGAUUCCGGGAACAUGUACAGUGACUGUCGGUAGAGACUUGAUGAGCCACAAUCAAAGCCGUCUUCUAUUUUUUCAAGGAGAAGAAAUAGCACUUAUCAUAGACAGUGUGGUUGGGCGUUAACUGUCAGGUUCAUGUUUACUACAUUUC